AUGACUUCCGUGUUUGAAGCAUCACAUGAAAAAACUAAUGGAACAAAACUUGUACGUUUAGUGAUUGAUGGAGGAACACACGCGUUAAGGACGUUUUUGCACACUAUUUAUCCCCCGGGCGUAUUACGAGCAGCAUUGGCGCGCAACCGUGGAACACUUGAGGUUCUUAAAUCGAGAAGAGCGAUCUUUGAUAGCCAGUGGGAGUCGCUAUUUCCUUCUUCAGGUGACCCAGCAGAUUCCGAGAGAUUCGACAUUACCCUUUUGCAUUUGUUGCUUCGGGAAAUUUGUUAUUUGGCGCCGUCUUUGACAGGAUGGAACAAUCCACCUGCCGAUACUGAUUUUAGUUACGAAGCAAAUAUUGUGCGAAUAAAAUUCUUCAGAAAUGAGCUAUGUCAUGGUAUUUCUACUGGGAUUACAAACGCCGAGUUUGAAGAUAAGUGGAACAAGAUUUCAAAGUCGCUAGUCGCUUUGGGACUCGAUCAAAAUGAGAUAGACCGUCUUAAGACUAAACCAAUUGAUCACGAUACUGAAAGCCGUGUAAAGGCGGAAGUGGAAAGAUGGACUCGAGAUUUUGAGACACAAAUACAGCUCUUGGAGCUAGAGGUAAAGCAGAUGAAAGAUAAAAUCUCAAGGAUUCAAGUUUCAGUUUCAGGAACAGGCGCUGGUGAGCUUGCAAAUUGCCUUCCAGAUGAAGAUCCGAAAGUGUUUGGCCGUUCAGAGGAGAUAAGACAAGUCACAGAGGCUAUCCAAACUAAGGGCGUGGCCACUGUUGUGAUAACAGGGGGGCCAGGGUUUGGAAAAACCACAGUGGCCAACAAAGUGGCUCAUGAACUGGUAGGUGUUUGCAAAAACACAGUUUUGUAUUGCCCGAUUAGAUCAAAAACAACAGUUGAUGAUGUAGCAACAUCUAUGAUUCUUGCCUGCAAUAAAAAUCACUCUCAUCCCCCGCGGAAUCCUCAUCAUUGGCUGCUUAACUGGAGCAAGCAACAAAUGAACAAUGUUACUUUCAUUUUAGACAAUGCUGAUGACGUUCUUAAUUCGAAUGACCAACCGCACUUCAUAAGCCUUUUAUGUGACAUGAGAAUCUUAUCAGGGCAGAAUAUUAAUUUCGUUGUUACAUCUCGAAGAGUAUUCAAAGAUUCCGGCUUGAAGAUGAUAGAAGUCAGGCUAAAACCCUUACCACCUGAAGAGUCUCGAAGAGUUCUUACCGAACAAAUCUCUGAUGACUGUAUCAAAAAGCAGCUGUCCAAAACAGACAUUCUAGUUGAACUGUGUGGUUGUGUGCCCCUUGCUCUCUGCAUCGUUGGCUCAUUGCUCUUAGACUACACAGAAGAUGAACUGAUUAACAGUCUUAAGGAAAGACCAUUGGAUGUGCUUCGAGAAGAUGAAAGUGAUGAUAAUUCUGUUGAAAAGGCUAUUAAAACCUCUUAUGAUGUUUUGAGCCAUAUUGAGCAGCAAGCCCUGCUUGUUAUGUCAGCCUUCCCUGGUUCUUUUAGCUCUGAAGCUGCCAGGACUGUAAUUAAUAACUGCACAAGCUGCACUACUCAGCCGAUAUCAAUUCUUCGUUCUUUGAAAAAUCGGUCACUCAUUGAACAACCAGCUUCACAGAGAUAUCAGAUCCACCCACUUAUACAGGCAUUUCUGAAAACAAUUGAUCAAGAUAUUGGUACCCAGCUUGUCAUAUGGGGAGAAAGAGUGGCUUGUGCUUACUUUAUUUCUCAGCUUGCUGACAAUGCCGACCUAUACUGGACCAAGGACAUGUGCAAAGAGUCCAUUCAGCGUUUUAAUAAGGACAGACAUAACUUUGAAUAUUUCCUCAAAGCCUGUAUCAGUGGGUUGAAGAAUGAAGAUCCUGAUGUCUUAGCAGUCAUGGAAACCUUAGUGGAGAGGAUUUCCCAAAUAUCUUCAAUAUACUUGUAUUUGGAAAUGUGCCUUCUUCCUAGUUUUUAUGUGGAGUUCCUUAAACUUUCUUGUAAUUUGUUGACAUCCGGUGAUCACCCUGCUAACAAAAGAGUGGAGCUUCUCUGCCUUGUUGGGCAUGAAAGCAGAAGAGCUGGAGAUCUCAACAAGUACAAGGAGUUUCAGGAAAAGGCCAGAGAAACGUUCUCGCAGAAUCCUGCAGAAAUUGAGGUUGAAAAGGUGUCAGAAGCUUUUUUCUACAACAACAAUGCACGCUUUCUGGCUGAAGAAGGAAAACUAGAUGAAGCAAAAGAAGAAUUUGACUUCUGUCUUUACAUAUGUGAGGGACAUUUAUCUUUGGAUUACAUGUAUGUACAGAAAGCAAUAACUUUGCUUUUUGCUGGUUAUGAAGACAAUCGUCGCAAUGAACGCCACGAGGCUAACCAAAAACUGAAUGAAGCAUUGAACCUUUAUCGAAGAGUCCUUGGCAAACAUGUCAUGACUGCUUGGGCUCACAGAUAUCUUGCAGAUUUUCUCCUCUUUCACGUUGACAAUAGUUUUGGAACAGCAGAAGACCAGCAAAAAUGCAUGAAACUUUAUGAGAAUGCAUUAGAAAUUAUGGAAAGUCUUGGAAUGGCUGACCACAAAGAGUGUAUUCUGAGUCUGACAAACUUAGGAAUUUGUCACCAGUUGCAAGGCAAUCAAGAACAAGCAAUGAUAUUGUAUCAAAGAGCAUUGCACAUUGCAGAAAGGGAACUAGGAGAGAAUCACACGUGGAAAGUGUAUCUAAAAACGCAAAUGGCUUACUGGAAUAAAGAAAAUGGGAAAUUGGACGAGGCAAAAGCAUUGAAAGACGAUGCAGUGCGAAGGAGUUAUACGCUAGGGCUACCAGACAAUCAACCACGCAACAAAUUUCUGUUGCAGAAAAUUUGA